AUGUCCCGCCAAAUCAACCAACCCUCCAACCAGAUCAGGCUUACAAAUGUGUCGCUCGUGCGCCUGAAGAAGGGCAAGAAGCGCUUCGAGAUCGCCUGCUACAAGAACAAGGUCCUGGAGUGGCGCUCCGGCAUCGAGACGGACCUCGACAACGUCCUGCAGAUCCCCAACGUCUUCCUCAACGUCUCCAAGGGCCAGACGGCCCCCAAGGAAGACAUCGAGAAGGCGUUUGGCAAGGGCAAGUCGACCGACGACGUCGUGCUCGAGAUUUUGAAAAAGGGCGAGCUGCAGGUCGGAGAUAAAGAACGCGCGGCGCAGUUGGAGCGUGUGCACAAUGAGGUCAUCGGGAUAGUGGCGAGUAAGCUCGUCGAUCCGCGGACGAAACGCGUCUACACCUUUGGCAUGAUCGAAAAGGCUCUGGACAUGUUGAGCUCUCAGGCGCACACCACCCCGGACAGCAAGAGCAACACGGCGAGCGGCACGGGGACGCCCGUCACGGGAGAGGACAGCGAGGCGAAGCCGCGAGCCAAGGAGCACAGCUGGACUGGAGUCGUCACAACCAAGAGCGCCAAGAGCCAGGCCCUCGACGCCAUGAAGGCCCUCAUCGCUUACCAGCCCAUCCCGGUUGCUCGCGCAAGGAUGCGGCUGCGAGUGUCCUGCGCAACUGGUGUUCUCAAGCAGGCCGUCAAGGCCAAAGGCGCAGCUUCCAAAGAAGAGGACGGAGAGCAGAAAGCGCCGGGGACCGUCAAGGACAAGAUUCUCGGAUACGUCGAGCAGAUCGAGACUCAGGAUGUGAUGGGUUCGGAGUGGGAGGUGGUUGGCUUCGUCGAGCCUGGUGCAUUCAAGCCUCUGUCAGACUUUAUCGCGAACGAGACCAAGGGACAGGGCCGAGUGGAGGUUUUGGAUAUGGCAGUCACACAUGAAGACUAG